GUAUAAAAUGUGCUUGCAUCUCCACUAAGCGUUCUCUCCACUUCAGCACUCCUAGAAGGUUGGAAGAAACAUCACUUGGGGGAAAAUGGCCCCAGCAACGAAGAAGGGAGUUUUGGAGAGGCUCAAUGCAGGGGAGGUCGUCAUUGGAGAUGGUGGCUUCGUCUUCGCCCUGGAGAAGAGAGGCUACGUGAAGGCAGGCCCAUGGACUCCCGAGGCAGCUGCCGAGCAUCCCGAGGCCGUGCGACAGCUGCACAGAGAAUUCCUGAGGGCCGGCGCAAAUGUCAUGCAGACCUUCACUUUCUACGCCAGCGAUGAUAAAUUGGAGAACAGGGGCAACAAGCUGAGCUUUACGGGUCAGCAGAUCAACGAGGCAGCGUGCGACCUGGCUAGGGAGGUAGCCAACGAGGGAGAUGCUCUGGUGGCCGGCGGUGUCAGCCAGACUCCCUCCUACCUCAGCUGCAGGAGCGAGGACGAGGUGAAGGCCAUCUUCAAGAAACAGCUGGACGUCUUUGUCAAGAAAGACGUCGACUUCCUGAUUGCAGAGUAUUUUGAGCACGUAGAGGAGGCUGUGUGGGCAGUGGAAGUGCUGAAGGCCACAGGCAAGCCAGUGGCAGCCAACCUGUGCAUCGGGCCCGAGGGAGACAUGCACGGCCUGAGCCCCGGAGAGUGCGCCGUCCGCCUGGUCAAGGCCGGUGCUGACAUCGUCGGAGUCAACUGCCACUUUGACCCACUGACAUGUGUGGAGGCUGUGCGCCUGAUGAAGGAGGGUGUGGAGAAGGCCGGCCUCAAGGCCCACUACAUGUGCCAGCCCCUGGCCUACCACACGCCCGACUGCAACAAGCAGGGCUUCAUCGACCUCCCCGAGUUCCCCUUCGCCCUGGAGCCCAGAAUCCUCUCCCGCUGGGACAUGCAGCAGUACGCCCGCGAGGCCUACAAGGUGGGCAUCCGCUACAUCGGCGGCUGCUGCGGCUUCGAGCCCUACCACGUCCGCGCCCUGUGUGAGGAGCUGUCCCCCGAGAUCGGACACCUGCCCGCCGGCUCCGAGAAGCACGGCAUGUGGGCCAGCGGCCUGGAGAUGCACACCAAGCCCUGGGUCAGAGCAAGGGCCCGUCGUGACUACUGGGAGAACCUGAAGCCUGCGUCCGGAAGGCCCAAGUGCCCCUCUCUUGCCACCCCCGACGGCUGGGGCGUCACCCAGGGAGACGCCGACCUCGUCCAGCAGAAGGAGGCCACCACCAAGGACCAGCUCCUCCCCCUGUUUGAGAAAGCCAAGCACUAAAAAGAAAUGCAAACCGAAAAACCAGAAACAUACAGUGCAGACCAAAGAUUUUUUUAAAAUAAUUAAAAAAAGAUCUCUGUAUUAGGCAACUAUAAUGUGAAGGAUACAAAGAUGAUAACAGCGACGUUUUAGCUGUGUUGUUUUGUACCAGGACCAGUUUUCUAUAUUUACAUUGUUUCAGUUUCUCCCACUUGGCAGAGGUCGUCAAACAGUGGAACAAUACAGUACAUAGGCUAGUCAAUGUCACUCACCAUGACAUUUUUUAGUAGAGAAUGCGUUUACAAGAAGUUGGGUUUACAACUGAGCUCGUUCAUUUGAAGUCAGAGUCAAUGUGUCAACUGUGAUUAAACUUUUAAUUAUUAAUUUUUAGGAAUGUAUAAUGAUGUAGCGAAGCUGCAUUCCAUUUUUUUGUCCUCAACACUCCAUGUUUAUGAGGAAGUGGCAGUUUGAAUCUGUUUUGAAGAAGGUCAAUAAAAAACCUCCAAAAGAUAAA